GCGGCCUUCCACCCCCCUCCGCCCCUCUGUCCCUGGCUGACGGCAAUGGCGGCCGCUGCGUCCCUGUCCCCGGAGGAGCUGCUGCCCAAGGGCGGUCCGGGCAAGGCCGAGGAGCUGGAGGACGAACUGGAGGAGGAGGAGGAUGACGAGGAGGAGCUGGAGGAGACGCUGGCGGAGCGGCUGUGGGGGCUGACGGAGAUGUUCCCCGAGAGCCUCCGCUCGGCGGCCGGAGCCACCUUCGACCUGUCGCUGACGGUAGCGCAGAAGAUGUACCGGUUCUCCAGGGCAGCUCUGUGGAUUGGGACCACCUCCUUCAUGAUUCUGGUUCUUCCUGUCGUUUUUGAAACUGAAAAACUGCAGAUGGAGCAACAGCAACAGCUGCAGCAGCGACAGAUCCUCCUCGGACCCAACACAGGGCUCUCGGGGGGAAUGCCAGGGGCCCUGCCUCCACUGUCCGGAAAAAUCUAAUUUUGCAGGAGUUGCGUUGGAUUCGUAUCAUGUGGGAAGACCUUGAGAUUAUGAUAUAUUGAACUGUUGAUUUGUUGGGUCAGGGCAUUUUUUUGUUUGUUUGUUUUUAUUUUUGGUUCUCCUUUGGGACAUUGACCUGUUCAUAAUGAGGUGGGGGAAGUCCCCUCUCCAGACCCGAUGAAAGGUCCUGUCUGCACCCUCUCCCUGUAGAAGUCGCGAGUCUUUCCUUUCAUUCAGUGUGCCACCACCAGUUACGAGGACUUGAACUGGGGGAAGCUCCUUGCCCCCCGCACGCCCACCCUGGGGCACAAGUCAGGCUUUGGAAGGCACUGGCCAAACUAAACAAAUCCCUUCCCACCCGACUUGGAGCCGAAGGAUACCAGUAAUGGGAAGAGGAGCAACUUUCCCAGCAGGCAAAGCAAAGGAAGGAGGGGUGCAGGUAGCUGUACCCUGCAGAACGUGCUCUUUGGGAAGACAUGUGCAAAAACACGGUCCCUGCAACUUCACAUUUGGGAGUAGAGAGGGAGCAGCAGGCCAGGUUCAAGACGAUCACCUCCACACAGAACCUCUGCCUCAUAAAGUAGAACUCAGAUAUAUCAGCUGCGUAUUUUUUUGUAUUGAAUAUUAAAUAAAUCCAACCUGAGCAGUGUGGUUUUAAUAGA